AUGGUAGCCAAGACCGCUGAGGGCACGAAAGAUCUCGGGGCCCAAUGGAGAGAAGAAUGGGCUGCUGCGCAGAAAGUCAAGGCGCCGAGCUUGAAAAACAGCUCGGUAUUCUACCGCAACAUUGAGGAGGAGCUCGACCUCCCCCGAAAGCAGGGUCUUUCGUUCCCAAUCCAUCUCCCUAGUCAUACUGUUGAUUUCUCCACUUGCGAUGUUCUCGGGAUGACCCAUACCGGCGCACUGAGGGAAGAGUUCCUCAAAGAACUUGACGCGAACCCAAACUUCUACAUGGGCGCAGGUGGCUCGCGACUGUUGGACGGAACUACAACGUACCAAGAUAACUUCGAGAAGGAGCUGGCAGAGCUCAUGGGCAUUGAGUCGGCGCUGGUCGUUCACUCUGGAUACACCGCCAACCAGGCCAUCUUCUCGACCGUCCCGAGAUCUGGCGACGUGAUUGUCUACGACGAGCUGAUGCAUGCUACUGCUCUUUCUGGCAUGAAAAUCGCUUUGGCGUUAGAUCAAAGACCCUUCCGCCACAACAAUGUGGACCACUUUAUUGAAGUCAUGGAAGGCGUCAAAGAAUCGAACCCUCUGGUCAAGGCCGGCAAGCGAUGUGUCAUCGUCGGUGUCGAGAGCUACUACAGUAUGGAUGGCGACAUCUGCCCCCUCAAAGAGCUCAUCGAAGCCGCCAAGGAUAUUUUCCCUCAUGGCAACGCCCAAUUCAUCGUUGAUGAGGCCCACAGCUUCGGUGUUUGCGGCCCUGAAGGAACUGGCUUUGUUAGAGAACAGGGUCUCACCGAUGAAGUUGCCGUCACCAUGGUCACAUUCACCAAGGCUCUUGGCGGAUGUGGUGCGGCCAUCUUGUCCAACAAUACGAUUCGCUCGCUCCUCACUACUCAAGCUAAGAUGUUCAUUUGCUCCGUCGCACCUCCAUUCACUCUGGUAGCGUCAUGCCGUGCCGGCAUUCGACUCAUGCGAUCCCAAAAGUUCCAAGAGGCUCGCGAGUAUCUCCAUGAUCUCACUGUGUUCUACUUGGACACACUGACCUCGCAUCCUGUUUACAAGAAGGCCAACAAGAAGGGUUUGGUCGACCUGCCAGUUCACGAGGAUGGUGCCUGGCAUGAAGUACCAAUCACCCACAUUGUGCCUCUCUGGAUUCGUCGCAACAAGGCCGCGCUUUACCUUGCCUUCCACCUCACCAGAGAUGGCUUCAACGGGUGCAACAUUAUGUUCCCCAUUGUUCCCAAGGGUGAGGACCGCGUGCGCCUGUUCAUUCAUGCACACAAUACAAAGGAGGAAGUCAAGGCGUUGAUCGACUCCAUCGCCGCCUGGCUCCAAGAAAUGAUGGACAUUGAAGCCAGUGGUGACAAGAACAAGCUUCCGAGCGCAGCACGUCUUGCGUUUGAACUCCUCGAAAAGGACAAGGAAGCUAUUGAAAACGGCAAGGAGGCUACUGAGAACACGAAACCGGUGAGCAAGGACAACAGCGGUGCGAAGAACCUUAUGAACGGUAUUAGUUCCUUCAAGAACAGUGGGUUGGUCAAUGGUUUGAAAUUUGGGGAGUUACCUACGCGCAUGUUCUAG